GGACCCGGUAAGGCAGGGAGGGCGGUAGCGGCGGACGGGAUGGGUCCUCGCCGCCGGUUUUGCUGAGACUCCCUCGCGUGGGCUGCCAGCGGCGGGCCCGCAGUGGCCGCGGCGGCAUGAAGGGCGCACUGGGGAGCCCCGUGGCCGCGGCCGCCGCAGGCGCCGCGAUGCAGGAGAGUUUCGGCUGCGUCGUGGCCAACCGCUUCCACCAGCUGCUGGACGACGAGUCGGACCCGUUCGACAUCCUGCGCGAGGCCGAGCACCGACGCCAGCAGCAGCUGCAGCGCAAGAGGCGCGAUGAGGCGGCGGCGGCGGCCGGGGCAGGCAACCGCGGCGGCAGGAGUCCGGCCGGGGCCUCGGGCCACAGACCUGGCGCGGGCGGCGCUCGGAGGGAGUCCCAGAAGGAACGCAAGAGCCUCCCGGCCCCUGGCGCGCAGCAGCCGGACAGCCCCGGGGGCGGCCCGCUACCACCCGGCCAGAAGCGAGCUCCCAGAAGAGGGGAGCAGCAGGGAUGGAAUGACAGCCGGGGGACAGAGGUGACACUUGACAGAGCAGAGCGGAGAUCCUACAGGGAAUAUCGACCCUAUGAGACUGAGAGACAAGCGGACUUUACACCUGAGAAGUUCACGGAUGAAAAACUCAUUGACAGGUUUGAUCGAGACAGACCACUGAGAGGCCGUGGAGGCCCAAGGGGGGCCAUGCGAAGCCGAGGCAGAGGCGGCCCUGGGAACAGAGCUUUUGACGGUUUUGACCAGAGAGGGAAACGCGAUUUUGAGAGAGCAAUCAGAACUGAAGACAACAUGGGUGGAUGUGGAAUUCGAACCUGGGGAUCAGGUAAAGACACCAGUGAUGUGGAGCAGACCGCACCAAUGGAAGAGACUACAGCGGAAGAGUCCCCGGGCCCCCUGGAGGAGGAAUCUCCAGCCAAAGUUCCUGAGUUGGAGUUAGAAGAGGAAACUCAAGUUCAAGAGAUGACCCUGGAUGAAUGGAAAAAUCUUCAAGAACAGACAAGACCAAAGCCUGAGUUUAACAUCCGGAAACCUGAGUCUACUGUCCCUUCCAAAGCAGUGGUGAUACACAAGUCCAAAUAUAGAGAUGAUAUGGUAAAGGAUGACUAUGAAGAUGAUGCCCACGUUUUCCGGAAAGCAGCCAAUGACAUCACAUCCCAGCUGGAGAUUAAUUUCGGUAACCUCCCUCGUCCUGGGCGUGGAGCCAGAGGUGGCACACGGGGAGGCCGGGGAAGGAUCAGAAGGGCAGAGAACUACGGACCCAGAGCAGAAGUGGUGACACAAGACAUUGCUCCCAACCCGGAUGACCCUGAGGACUUUCCUGCUCUGGCCUGAGAGAGCCCUGUUUCCCUAGCAACCUAGAACAGCAUUGGCAUACCUAUGAAGAGACUUUUCUUGCUGUGGGGAAGAGAGUCGGACUCUAAGAACAAUAGAUGUUGCUUUUUCCUGUGUAGUGUGAAUACGUUACACUUUUUUGGUCUGGGGGCUGUGAGGUAGGGAUUUCUCCAGAUUCAAGGCAGCAGUUCCGGUUGGGGGCUUAGUCUGGCACUUUCACAAGAAGGUGGAGAAUGGUGAUUAUUUUUUUAUUUAAGUAAUUCCAAAUGAAGUUCAGAAAUAAUGUUUAAAAUAUGUACAUAGAGAUUGUAUUGAAUCCUCCACAAAAACCUGGAGAGUAAAGAUGUAAAAUAGAAUCUACUGAGACUACUUCAUAAGGUGUAUAAAUGGGAAGGCUGUGUGCUUUAGUAUUAGAGCAGAUACCUGUAACAGCAACCAUUAAUGCAGUCACAGCCUAGUUUCCAGAGAUUGAGGAAGUAAAAUACACCUGUACUUCUGUUUACUUGUAAAUGUUACAGUCUCCUGGGAGUUUUUGAGUUCUGGUUUUCAUUUAACCAAUCAUUUUAAGCAGCUGGUGUGCAGCCAUUGGCUACCACUCUGUGACAGAGAAUUAGGAAAAGUGUUUUUUUUUUUAAUGGUGAUUUAAACUACCUCGUGGUUUCUGGGUGUAUGUACACACAUACACGCACGCUUAGUAUAAAUGUGUAUAUUUAGUGUUUGGGUGGUUUUUAGGAUGAGUAUUAAGCAUAUGAUUUUUAAAAUCAUAUUAUUUAAUCCAUCAAUCAAGUGAAAGGGGGUCCAGGCAAAAGAGUGUUACACCUUACCACCAUAUCCUUUUCUCCCUCAAAACUAAUAUCUGAAUUCAGUGCCCAUGUACAGAUGCCCUCUGUCCUUGGCCUGGCAAGACUUGUAAAUAGUAUUUAUUGAACACUGCGUGCAGUUUUUCUCACCUAGCCCAUACACCAGUUUGAGUUCCUAUUUCUUGCCUUUGGCGAAUGCUUGGGGUUGGGGGCUACCUCGGUUUUCAGUAACUUGCCAAGUCCUGCCUUGCGCAGCAGAGUAAGUCUGCCGGAGCCCGCACUUGGCUGAGCACCCAGGGCAAGGACUGGGGUGGAGGCAGCUGUAAGCUGCGGGCAGCUGGGGUGAUGCGUUCUCCACUUGACCGCAGAAACUGAAGAUAACCUUUGCUUGUUGUCACAGUUAAUAUGCCUCUUUUGGAAUCUGAACUUGGUCCCGGGAUCUGUGCUUCUUCCCGCUUUGCUAUACUGUUUAAGACGGCUCUGAACUUGAACCCAAGUGUAAAUAAAGGUUGGUAUUCCCUCCUAA